AAAACUGAUUAUGAAUGUGUAUUCUGGGAUUCUCACGGCAAUGAAUCCAUCUGGAACAAUUCAGGCUGUGAAACUCAUAAAGCAGAGUCUGCAACUACAUGCAAAUGUUAUCAUUUGACAUUCUUUGCUGUACUUACGAGCCCCUACAACAUCACCAUCAGUGCGAGCACCUUAAAGUCUCUGACAUACAUCUCCUACAUUGGCUGUGGGAUAUCCUUUUUUUUCUUGGCUGUGGCCCUGUUCAUGCAUAUCGUGUUGAGUCGAGCCAAAUCUGAUACAUCGACCACAAUCCUUAUAAACUUGUGUGCGGCUCUGUCCUUACUAAACCUGACCUUCCUCAUGAACGAGUGGCUGUCUUCCAUGGGAAACCAAGAUAUCUGUAAUAUCAUUGCUGCCAUCAUGCACUACUCCUUGCUGUGCACCUUUACCUGGUUUGGAAUUAAAGCUUUCUAUUUGUACUAUCUAGUAAUCAAGCUCUCCGCCUAUGAGAUAAAGAAAAUAUGGAUGAAGAUGGGUGCUGUUGGCUGGGGUAAGGCUCAACAUAAUUAA